AGAAAUAAAUAAGAAACAAUCCACCAUUUUUAUUUACAAUCCGGACCCGAUUUACUUAAUUGAGAUCCGUUUCCCAGAAAGAAGAUUCAUCUUUUCACCUUCCUGUCUUCGCAAUAACAACAACAAAAAAAUCUCGGGCUCUCUCCACCAUUAAUGGAACCGUCUCUCUCUCUCUUUCACUGCUGAUGUAACUCCCACGAGCUUCAGAUUUCUCUUACAGAAUACCACUUAAAGCUUCGCCUUUUCUACACUCUCUUAUCGCUUGAUGCUUCCAGGAUACUCAUGAACAUUGAAUCAACCAAGAAAUAAAUAAAAAAAGCUUGUCUUUGUGUCAAUCUAAUCAUCAAAAAAGAUACAAUGGAAAACCCUUCUGCAUCCAGAGAAAAAGGCUUCUCUUUUCCAGAUAUUCCAAGCGAUGAAAUGGAUGGUUGGGUUAAGAAUUUGAUCUCUGAAGAAGACAUGUUUAGCUCAUCAGAGCUUAUCAAUUCCGAAUCUUUUGCUUCUUGGUGCAAUACUCCUUCCGCUACAGACAUCUUGUUCACUCAAUACGGCUUAUCGACCUCUCAAUCCACUACGCCGCCUUUUGGAGCAUUACAUGUAGAUCCCUCUCCUUCUUUCCAUGGUUUACAAGGCUCUUACGUUGGCGAAAAGAGACCUCUUCAGGAGAUGAGCUCUCCGUUUUAUAGCCUAUCUGAUGAUGCUGAAUACAUAAGCGGUAAGCGAAGCAAGAGUGGUCAUUUAACCGGCGCAAUAGACUCAAGUGUUCCCAGGCCAUUGAGCCACUCACUUGAUGAGAAGAUGCUCAAGGCAUUAAGUUUGUUUAUGGAGUUCUCUGGAGAGGGAAUCCUAGCUCAGUUUUGGACUCCUGUCAAGACAGGAGAACAGUACAUGCUUAGCACUUAUGAUCAGGCAUACUUGCUUGACUCGAGGCUAUCUGGAUACCGUGAAGUGUCAAGGAAAUUCACCUUCUCAACGGAAGCAAGCCAAUACUCUUCUCCAGGUCUUCCAGGCAGAGUCUUCAUCUCUGGUGUUCCUGAGUGGACAUCAAACGUGAUGUAUUACAAGGCCGCUGAAUAUUUGCGGAUGAAGCAUGCACUAGAUAACAAAGUCCGUGGUUCGAUCGCUAUUCCUGUCCUUGAACCAUCUGGAACAUCUUGUUGUGCUGUCCUUGAACUUGUGACUUGUAGGGAAAAACCCAAUUUUGAUUUGGAGAUGGACUCUGUUUGCCGUGCUCUGCAGGCGGUGAACUUACAAACAUCAACUAUUCCUCGUCGUCAGUACCUUUCAACUAAUCAAAAAGAAGCUUUGGCUGAAAUAAGAGACGUUCUUAGAGCAGUGUGCCAUGCACAUAGGUUACCUUUAGCUCUAGCUUGGAUUCCCUGUAGUUACUCCAAGGGAGCGAACGAUGAGUUGGUAAAGGUUUAUGAAAAAAAAUCAGAGGAAAGUUGUCUUCUUUGCAUAGAAGAGACAUCAUGUUAUGUCAAUGAUAUGGAAAUGGAAGGAUUUAUGAACGCAUGUUUGGAGCAUUAUCUGAGAGAAGGGCAAGGGAUUGUUGGCAAAGCACUCAUAUCAAACAAACCGUCUUUCUCAUCCGAUGUAAAGACAUUUGAUAUCUGCGAGUACCCUCUUGUUCAGCAUGCUCGAAAGUUUGGUCUUAAUGCUGCAGUUGCUACCAAACUGAGAAGCACAUUCACCGGAGACAAUGAUUAUAUACUUGAGUUUUUCUUACCUGUAAGCAUGAAGGGAAGCUCAGAACAACAACUCUUGUUAGACAGUCUCUCGGGCACGAUGCGGAGAUUAUGUCGGACUCUGAGAACUGCUUCAGAUGAAGUUACUGAAGUUGGAUUUCUUAGUGGAGAAGUAAUGUCAAAACUCCCACAGGCUACUGUAUCCGAAGGAAACUUUCAGACAACAUUGCUGGAUACUGACGUCAACUCUACUAGAAGUAUCUUCUCAAACACCUCCUCUGAUAAAACAAAUGAUAUAGCAAGUUCUCAGGGAACUCUUCAACAGGAAAUCAGCGGAGCUAGGAGAUCAGAGAAGAAGAAGAGCAGUACAGAGAAGUACGUGAGCUUAGAUGUUCUCCAACAAUACUUCUCCGGGAGCUUAAAGGAUGCUGCAAAGAGCCUUGGUGUUUGCCCAACUACACUAAAACGGAUAUGCAGACAACACGGAAUCAUGAGGUGGCCAUCUCGUAAGAUUAACAAAGUGAAUCGGUCACUAAGGAAAAUACAGACGGUACUGGACUCUGUUCAAGGUGUAGAAGGAGGACUGCAAUUUGAUUCGGUAUCAGGGGAAUUUGUAGCAGUUGGACCAUUUAUACAAGAUUUUGAUACUCAGAAGAGUCUACCUUCUCAUCAUGACGAUGCACAUGUAAGAAUCCAAGGUAAUAUGGAUGAAGAUGGCGUGAUAAAGUUGGAGGAGGGUGUUGGAACAAACCAAGCAGGACGAGGAUCCUUGAUGGAGCCAUGUGCUUGGAUAAGCAAACAGUCUAGCUUGAAUUAUAGUGAUGAUUUCGAUAUAGGCAAAAGGAGUGAAGAGUUAAACCAGGAUAAAGACCAUUGUGUCCGUAGGUGCUUGAGCUCUCUAGCACUUGCAGAUGAUGGAGUGAAUACAAGAACCGUAGAACCAAACCAGUCAAUCUCCAACAGCAUGUCGGAUUCAUCAAAUGGUUCAGGCGCGGUUGUGGAACAAGAUUGGAACCAAACAAGAACACACAACAAUAGUUGCGAGAGCGGAUCAACACUGACAGUGAAAGCCACUUAUAGAGACGACACAAUACGUUUCAAGUUCGAUCCAUAUGUUGUUGGGUGUUGUCAGCUCUACAAAGAAGUGGGCAAGCGGUUCAAGCUUCAAGACGGCGCAUUUCAGCUGAAAUACUUGGAUGAUGAAGACGAAUGGGUGAUGUUAGUCACAGAUUCUGAUCUCCAAGAAUGCUUAGAGAUAUUAAACGUUAUGAGAAAGCAUACGGUGAAAUUUCUCGUCCGUGAUUUACCUGGAACCGCGAUCGGAAGUUCCGCAGGCAGCAACGUGUACCUCGCAACAUGUUCAUAGGAUCGAUCUCAUUUUGUAUUAUAUAUAGCCACUACACAUCACCUUAUAUAUGUUUGGUCCGUCUGACAUUAGUUACUCAUAUAGAAAGACAAAAGAUCUGUGUAGUGGAGUUGAAGAAUCUUGUAUAUAUAUAACCAUAGAAAGACACAAAGAUUGCAUUUUGAC